AUGGCGGAGAAUUCUCAACAGUUUGGCUUCCGUGAGACUAACCCUACCCGUAGGGUCAACGAGGUGGAGACGUCAUCUAUUCAGCAACAAUUGUCGGAACUAACAUCCGUUGUUCGACAAUUAGUGGUGGGAAAUAUGCCCCAAGUAAAGGCCUGUGGAAUCUGCACAAAUAUGGGUCACCAUACCGACUCAUGCCCUAUGUUGCGAGAGGAUGAGGCCGAACAAGUGAACAUGGCUGGAGGCGUGCCCGCGCCUCGUAGGCAGUACGAUCCAUACUCCAACACGUACAAUCCGGGUUGGAGAGAUCACCCCAAUCUCAGCUAUGGUAGUAGGCCACAAAAUGCAUUCUCCAAUCGGCCUCCAGGUUUUCAGCAACCUUGGCAACAUAAGUCUCAACCCUCGUCCUCAAGCUCAGGGAGUUCUUUGGAAGAAAUUGUCAAGAGUUUGGCCACAACUACCACUCAACUCGUCACGACCACCACUCAGCUCCAGCAGGAGACUAGGUCCUUAGUUGCAAGUACUACUCAAUUCCAACAUGACACCAAAGCAGGCAUGAAGGACAUGGAGACUCGCAUGAGUCAAAUGGCAACUGCCAUUAAUCGCCUGGAGUCCCACGUCUAUAGGAAAUUGCCAUCGCAACCUGAGGUAAACCCCAAAAAUGUAAGUGCCAUGACAUUAAGGAGUGGCAAGGAGGUGGAGGGAUCUAAGUUGACGAUUUCGAAAAUCAAAAGUGAAGAGCAGAUAGAAAAGGGAAUUGAAGAGGAAGGGCGCAUUCGCGAAGAGUCUAAGGUAACAUCUAUUCCUUCGAUCCCUAUUAAAUCUAAUCUAGCUCCAUUUCCUUGCAAGUUGGAAAAGACAAAGAGGGCAGAAAAGGAAAGAGAAAUCCUGGAUGUGUUCCACAAAGUUCAAGUAAACAUCCCCCUAUUGGACGCGAUCAAGCAGGUACCCAAGUACGCAAAGUUCUUGAAAGACUUGUGCGUUAACAAAAGAAAGCUAAGGGGUGAUGAAAGAGUGAUGGAGUUGGCAGCUAGACAUGCCCAUGCUAGGUCAUCACACCUAAGGAAUGGAGUUUUGGAAUUGACGGAGUUGGAAUUGGGCGAUGAUGAUGAUGAUGAUAGUAAGGAGGAGGAGAAGGAAGCAGUGUGGAAAAGGGCUUUAGAGGAAGCGGCUUUUGGAGAGGGAAAAGGGAGUUGGGAAGAUGGUGUCCGAAGGCAAAGAAAGAGGGAAAUGAGUUUUGUCUGA